AUGAGUGACCCGGCUGGCAAUGAAAAGCCCGCUUUCUCCGAAAGCCGGGACCAGGGCGACGCGGACUCCCCGCAGUCCCGGAGACCCCGGAAGGAAGCCGACGUGGCCGGAGUUCCCCUGGAGACCACCGCCGCUCCUUCCGACUGUGGGUUUGCCCUCCGCUUUCGCGUGCCCAUUAUUCACAACCCGGCUCCGACCAAACCUGUGCAGGAGAAGGCUCCGGCCGUCCGUCGGAAAGUGACCUUCGCCUCCCCGCCGUCCGACUGCAGCCCCAAGAAUGGCCGGCCGAGCGGAGAGCUGCGCGGGCCUGCAGCGGGGAAGGCCCCGGAGGCCUGCGGCGCGGUAGGCCUGGGGGCUCCCGUGGUGGGCGGCGCGAAGGCCAAGGACGGGACCACGAAAAAGAUGGGUUUCUUUGCGCUGGCUGGAAAAAAGGGAGAAGCGGAGGGGGUCGUGGAGGCCAAGAAGAUGGUGCUGAGGGAAAGAAAGGCCGCAGGGGAGGCGAAAGCGGAGGAGGGGGGCAGAGGGCCGAGGGUCCGCACCAUGGCCUCGCUGGAGGCCGUGGAUCAGGAGCUGUCCAGCGUCAAGGUCCCGGCCGAUCGGGCCUUCCAGGAGCACAAGUUCGGUCAGAUGCGAAGGCUCCAUAUGCAGCGCCGGAGCUUCAUCAUCCAGAAUAUCCCCGUUUUCUGGGUCACCGCCUUUAGGAACCACUCGCAGCUGUCCCCGAUGAUCAGUGGCCAAGACGAAGAUAUGCUGAAAUACAUGAGCAAUUUGGAGGUGGAGGAGCUGAAACAGCCCAGAGCCGGCCUCAAAUUCAGGUUCAUCUUCCAGAGCAACCCUUACUUCCGAAACGAGACACUCGUCAAAGACUACGAACGCAGAGCCUCCGGCCAAAUCCUGUGCUUUGCCACGCCUGUCCGUUGGCACCUGAACCAGGACCCUGAGGCCCAUGUUCACAGGAACCGUGAGGGAAACGCCAUUCCCAGCUUCUUCAAGUGGUUCUCCGACAAGAGCCUCCUGAAACUUGAGAAGAUUGCUGAGGUCAUCAAAGAGGAACUGUGGCCCAAUCCCCUGCAUUAUUACCUGAGGAGUGAAGGUGGCCAGAGAGAAAUGCAAGGCCCAGCAAGACUGCCCCUGGACAAUCCUAUGUCAUUGAGGUUCCAGUCUGGCUAA